UAUCUAGAAAGUAGUACAAUGCCAGCAUCAACAACAUCAUCUACAAUGACAAUUAUUCCAAAUAAUAGUAACAAAGAACAAGAUCGGUUCCUUCCUAUAGCUAAUGUGGGUCGAAUCAUGAAAAAGGUCAUCCCAGGAAAUGGAAAGAUCUCCAAAGAUGCAAAAGAAACGGUUCAAGAGUGUGUAUCGGAAUUUAUAAGCUUUGUUACCGGAGAAGCAUCAGAUAAAUGCCAGCGCGAGAAGAGAAAGACAAUCAAUGGUGAUGACAUCAUUUGGGCCAUCACAAUUCUCGGCUUUGAAGAUUAUGUUGUCCCUCUUAAACAAUAUCUUAAUAAAUAUAGAGAAUUAGAAGGUGAAAAGCUAAAUUUUCCAAAGCAGCAACAACCACCACAACAUGACCAGAAGCCAUCUUUUUCAUACAACAGUGUAUAUUCUCCCACUGGCCUUCUUCCUCAAACUUCAUUUGUCCCAGCAGAUCAAUCAUUUCCUUUGCCAUUUUCACCCAACUCAAUUCAGUCACAAUUACCAAAACAGGACCACGUUGAUUCUAUGGGCCACUGGUAAUAAAACAACAAGAAAAAUAAAUAUAUUUUAUU